AUGUCGACCGAUGCCGUGACCCAGGCCGACGCCUCCGCGGCGUCUAUGCAGGGCACAGAGCCCCUUGCCUGCGUUUCUUGCAGGGCGAGGAAGCUCAAGUGUGAUCGGACGAAACCUGCCUGUACUCGCUGCGUCAAAGUAAACAACGAAUCUCAAGUUGAAGAAUACCUCAAAGAGGUCAAUAGGGGGGGCCAUGACGACGGGGCAAUUAUUCUGGACGAGCCUGACAUUACCCUGGGCGACCUUCCGUUUCCCGCUGAUAAUAUUAGCCAGGAUGCCAACACCUCUAGCACCGCAUCAGAUCCGAAUUUGUCUUUUGAUAUACCACACCUUGCUGGCCAAGAGGAUGGUACCGGCACCUUUAUGAAUGGUCAGUUAAUGGGGCUAGGCAUGUCUGAGACGCUGCCUCCCUUCGAGGUGAUCGAGGAAUUGCACAACGUCUACUUUUCGACGCAUUAUCAUUAUCUUCCCAUUAUUCACUCUGGCCGUUACUACCAGGCAUUUUAUGGACCACCAACGAGAAAACCACCAAUGUGCUUGCAGUACGGAAUCUGGGCAUACUCUGCCAGCGGACAUCCCAAGUACGAUCAGUAUGCCGAAGCAUUCUAUAAGAGGGCACGGCAGUACAUAGAAGCGGAUGAGAUGAGAAGCGAUGGCGAGCAUUUUGUCACAGUAAAUCACGCCCAGGCAUGGGCUAUCAUUGCCAGCUAUGAGGCUAAAACGAUGCUGUUCACGAGAGCAUCCAUGAGUGCCUCUAGGUAUGUUCGACUUGUCCAGAUGCUGGGGCUGGAUAGGCUUGAUAGAGAAGGGGACGACAUUCCCCCUACGCUCGGCCCAAUUUCCAACUGGACAGAGUUGGAAGAGCGGAGGAGAGUUUUUUGGGGCGCAUUUGCAAUUGAUUCGCAUGCAAGCAUGGCAACGGGCUGGGCAAACAUGAUUAAAUCUGAAGAUGUAAUGACGCGCCUUCCAGCUUCCGAAGAGGCAUUUGUGUCGGGGACUGAAGAGAAAACGGUGUUCUUGGAAGAGGUAUUUACGGGAGCGCCUUUCGAGAGCUUUUCUGGAGCCAUUGUCAUCUGUGAGGUCUUCAAGGUUAUCCUGCGACAUGUGCACGGGGCGAAACCUUCCGAUCACGCCGAUGAUUUGAUAAACGGUUUGUAUUGGAAGCGCCAUCGCGAUCUCGACAAUAAGCUAUCAAGUCUUUUCAUGUUUCUACCCGAGAGAUUUCGUCUUCCACAAAGGAUUGGGGACCCAUCUGCGGUGCAUGCAAAUUUGAAUUUGCAUGCUUCCAUUAUCUGCCUACAUCAUGCUGCUAUUGAGACUGCCGAGAAGUAUGGUUUUAAUGAGAAUAUUAAACAGAGCAGUCUAUGCAGACUGAGGGCUGCCGCUGAAGAAAUCGUCAAUAUCAUCAAAAUGACAUCGCACCACACCUCAUUUUUCAAAACUCAGCUCUGUGCACUCUCCUUGUAUUGUGCUACGACUGUAUACGUUUAUCUGGCCAAGGAUGACCCUGUGGGUGGCGUGACUCCUAUCGACGUUUCCAACCUGGAAAUUAUCAUCAACGCAAUGGAGGCCAUCGGUCGCGUUCACAUGGUUACAACUGCCUUUCUACAACAAGCGUGCCUUGAUAUCGAGCGCAAUGGCUUGACGUCAAGUCUCAAACUUCCAUCCCUAGCAAAAUACCGCGAUCUUUUUGGCGGCCCCGCAUCCAGCAUCCCCCUAUUAGCCCGAAGCUCGAUUUCGAAGCAUACUGAGAUGUCGCCGCCGUUGCCUGGAAGGCUACCUCUUGGGAUGCCCAAGGGAAACAGGCGACCGACUAAUUUAAGAAUGAGCAAACCACUUGGCUCUCUAACAGGUGUCAUCCCAGACGUACAUCACACCACAGACUGCUUCAAUGCUAUUCUCGGCGCCGUUACCCGAAACGUGGCGCCAAAGCAACCCGCCCCUGUGAGCAAUAAGCGGAGGCGUGUAGCCGUAAGCCCGGUGCCAGAGCCGGUUAUGACGGCUAACUCUAAGGCAUCUGGGACGUCGGCGGCCGGCUACUUCCGCUACAACAUCAGUGAUCAAGCUUGCGGAACUCUGUGGUCUCAAGGGGAGAUGGAUAUGAAUAUUCAAGUGGUUGAUCCGAUUUUUACACUUCCGGACCGUACCACUUCCUCAGAAUCAUCACCAGCACAACGCGGAGCCGGUACAGAGCCGUUCUCAGGCAGUAGCCAUACCUCACCCGGCCUGGGCCUUGGAAAUACCCCCGAAGAAAAUCGCAUAGAUCUUCGGCAAUUCCAAGGCCGUAUCGCAACGCCCAUUUGGCAAAGCACGGAAGAAGGGCUUUUUAACCACAUUACAGAAACAAUUGCUCAAUUCUCGGGAGAUGGUGAUGACCCCUGGGCGAUACUCAAUGGAGAGAAUAAUUGGAACGGCGGCACUACAACAUCUGACAAGGCGGCAAAGAUGGUUUCUUAUAUGGUCGGCCUAUUCGCCAUCCUUGUCCUCGUCGCAAAUCCAAUAAGCCAGUACUUCUUUCCGCAAAUCUCUCGCACGAAGAAUUCGCUGUCUCCAAGACCACAGCUGAAUGAAUCGCUGUUGGCAAUAGAUGGCGCGAAUGCGAGUGCGCCGAAUUGUCCAGCUGACGCGUACGGGGCGCGGAUUUUGAGUCGAGAGCCGUUGGUUGUGUAUCUGGAAGGGUUUUUGAAUGAGCGCGAGAGGCAGCAUUUGCUUGAGAUUAGCGAACCUAUUUUUGAGCCGUCAACCAUCACUGAUGACUCUAGCUCUACGCAUCGUGACAAUACUAUCCGAGACUCCGCUGUUGCUCUUUUGCCACGAACAGAUAUUGUUCGCUGCAUUGAGGCUCGUGCAAAGGCUUUCCAAGGCUGGCGACGAGACUUAUGGAUUGAACGCCUGCGGACGCAGCGAUAUGUCGCUGGUGGGCAUUAUAGCCAUCACUUUGACUGGAGCCGUAAUGCAGAUGGGUGGGGUAGAGUGAGCAGCUUUAUGGCCUGGAUUGAUGCUGCAGAUGGAUUGCAAGGCGGAGGAACAGAAUUCCCACUGUUGGAAACGAUUACGGAAGGAAACAGGCCGAAGUGGUGUGAGUUAAUCGAAUGCGAAGAUGAAGGCGCUGCGAAUGGUGAUGGCCAAAGAGACCAGAAGAAGCUUGGUGAUGAAGAGGGAGCUGAGGGAAAGGGCACGACAUUCAAAGUGGUUCCUGGAAAUGCUGUAUACUGGGAGAAUUUUGCAUCUGAUGGGAGGGGAUAUGAUGAGACUUGGCAUGCUGGUUUGCCCGUGAAGAAAGGAGUCAAAGUCGGAUUGAACAUUUGGAGUUUUGGACGGAUUGAGUAA